GCUCAGCGCCAUGUGAGCAGCUGGCGGCGGGCAGCGGCCCUCGAGGAAGACAGAUGGGGUGAGAGACAGCGCGAGGUCCGGCUGUCAGCGCGGCCUCGGCCCCGCCGCGGAGGGAGCCCCUCCUCCCCGCGGGUGUGCGCCUCUCGCUCCCUGGCCGGGGGGAACCAUGGCGUCCAGCGAGGAGGACGGAGGCGGCAACGGCGCGGUGGAGGAGAAGGAGAAUGGCAAGAAGAGGAGGCUGGGCGCCCUGGCCACGGCGUGGCUCAUCUUCUACAACGUCGCCAUGACCGCGGGGUGGCUGGUAUUAGGUAUUGCCAUGGUGCGGUUUUAUAUACAGAAAGGAACACAUAGAGGCUUAUUCAGAAGUGUUCAAAAGACGCUUAAAUUUUUCCAGACAUUUGCUUUGCUUGAGGUAGUCCACUGUGCAGUUGGAAUAGUUCGCACAUCUGUGCUUGUGACUGGGGUCCAAGUGAGUUCAAGAAUCUUCAUGGUGUGGUUCAUUGCACAUAGUAUAAAACAGAUCCAGAAUGAGGAGAGCGUUAUUCUUUUUCUGGUCGUAUGGACUGUGACAGAGAUUACUCGAUAUUCCUUCUACACAUUCAACCUGCUCAACCAUUUGCCAUACUUCAUUAAAUGGGCCAGAUACAACUUUUUUAUCAUUUUGUAUCCUGCUGGAGUUGCAGGUGAACUGCUAACCAUAUAUGCUGCUUUACCCUAUGUGAAGAAAACAGGAAUGUUUUCACUGAGACUUCCCAACAAAUAUAAUGUCUCCUUUGACUACUAUUACUUCCUUAUUAUUGUCAUGUUCUCCUAUGUGCCCUUAUUUCCACAACUCUACUUCCACAUGCUGCGGCAGAGAAGAAGGGUGCUUCAUGGAGAAGUGAUUGUAGAAAAGGACGAUUGAAUCAAGCCGUGUAACUAUGGUGCUUUUAAUGGAAAAAAAGAGGGUUGACAAAUAGCUUUAAGAAUUGGAAUAGUUGGCUACUGUGCUUUCUGUUCUGAAAGUUCUGUUAUGACCUGUAGUCAUCAUCAAGAACAGAAGGAGAGUUGAUAAGUUGUACUGAAAGUGAGUCUUCUGCAAAACAGAGCAUAAAUUAGGUAAUGAUGUUUUUCAUAGACUAGGUGGCUUAAAUGUUAUUUAAGCUUUAUAUUAAAUAAUACCUUUCCAGUUAUAAGUACUGUUAGCAUGUUGUUCAACAUUCUUUGAAUUACAGGAUCACACUGUAGGAUUCCAGGAUGACU